GGCGGGCCCGGCUCUCGCGAGAGCAGGGAGUCUCGCGAGAGCUGCGGGCGGGGGCCGGAGGUGGCGGGAUGGGAGCGCCGAGAUGCCACGCCAUUGCUCUGCCAUUGGCUGCUGCACUCGGGACACGCGGGAGACCCGGAGCCGUGGGAUCUCCUUCCACCGGCUCCCCAAGAAGGACAAGGGGUGGGGGGGGACGGACACACAUGAAAGGACACUUGGGGACCAUGGGGGAGAAGGCCUCUGGGAUCCCGCUUCCAAGUACAUCUACUUCUGCUCCCAGCACUUCGAGAAGAGCUGCUUCGAGAUCGUGGGCUUCAGUGGUUAUCACCGCCUGAAGGAAGGCGCCGUCCCCACCCUCUUCAACCUGGUGACCCCCCGGCCCCACAGGCCCGAGGGCUCGGCUCCGGCCGGCGACCACGGCGCCGUCGCGGCUCUUCCCGGCUCCUCGGAAGCGCGGGGUCCCAGCCCCAAACCCCCCCCGGAGGCGCCGGGCUCCGGCCCCGUGCCUCCAUCCCCAUCCCUCUACGUGCUCCGCUUGCCCCCGCGCCUCGGGGCCUACAUCCAGAGCGAGCACAGCUACCAGGUGGGCAACGCCUUGCUCUGGAAGCGCCGCGCCGAGGCGGCCCUGGAGGCGCUGGGGAAAGCCCAACGGCAGCUCCAGGCCUGCAAAAGGAGGGAGCAACGGCUCCGGCUCCGCGUCGGCGAGCUCCAACGGGAGCGCCGUUGGGAUGCCAGGGAAGCGGCGGUGAAGCGGGAGGAUGGGGAUGGGGGGCAGUGAUGGG